AAAGAACUUGAAGAGUUAGAAAAACGCAGAACAUACGAAUUUGACACAAUCAAAGAGAUAUUUGACAAAAGCGAUAGUUCGGCUCCUCAAUAUUUCAUCAGUAUAAAGUGGUUCAAAGAAUGGAAGAACUUCGUUGAUGGAGUAAAUAAAGGUAAUCCGGCUCUCUGUUGUAUAAAACACUUACUCGAUUUUACUCAUCAAAAGCAAGUGUUGUGCAUUAAAUAACAAGCUUUCGUUGGUGGGGAUGCAACUACCUGAAAAAUAUAAGGAGAAUUUCGACGUUUCCAGCGAAGGCCCUUGUUAUGCAUUAAUGGUUGAUUUUUUCAUCUGACAGAUCCACCUGGGCCCAUCAAUAACCUUAGAAUAGGUCUUCAAAGAAAACGAGGUAAGCGACGUACAAUGCCAUGGUUUAUCAAAUAUCCUAUCCAGUAAUCCUUGAAAUUAACAUAUCAAACAGAUUUUAUUAGUCCUGGAUAACUCCAUCGGUUCUAAACUGUUCCCACAAGGUCGACCAUUCUUAUUAGGGAGUUUUAAGCUUCACGUUUGCGGGAACAGCAAACGGCAUAGUCGAAUUUAGAAAAAUAAAAAUUGCUGCACUCAAAUCAUGUAAAAGAAAAUGUUGAUGCCUUUAUUUUUUUGCCGAGUUGAUGUCGAAGUAGAAUUCCAAUCAAACUUCAACUUACAGGUAAGUCUCGUUUAAUUUCAAAUUUUGUUGGCAGAAUUUUUGCUUAACUUCUUCGCUUCAUCUUCUCGCGUUCUUAUCUCAAAAGAAGCAUACAUUACAGUCUUAAAAUAGGCAAGUUGAUUUCCCAUUUAUUACCUUGUAGCGUAUAUUUUUUCUUCCCCUGGCGUUUGCCAUUUGACGUUUGAACGCGAAGCUUAAACUCCCUAAUUGCUCCACCGUUACUACAGGAGGAAACUGAAGCACUUCGAGGAAACGUGCGGUGUUUUGAGACAAACUGGAAUCACUCUCCUCGUAUAUAUGUGACUGUGAUCAACUCCUGAUCAGACAGAUGCAUAUUACAGGCAUUGAACCAUGCCUGGUCACAGAUACCGCCAACACCUGGACUUGAAUUCACAUAUUGUUUAUCUUUUUCCUCAAGUUCCGAAAGCAGCUUGGGAUUUCCUGUAUUCUGUGUAUGGUGGAAAGCCUGUACUGCCUGUCGAUGAGGCGUAA